AUGUUUGAUGCGUCCACUUUUUCCUUAGCGCUACUGCAUCGUACAUCAUACCUAUUAUUUAGUCGUGAGUGCAUUGGAAUACAUUUAAUGGGUUCUUCCAACUGUCCAGUAUGUAAUUGGGAGCUGGAUUCAAAAUCCCCAAUUAUACCGAAUUUCGCAUUAGGAGCCAUAGUGGAUGAAGUACGCAAUAAGGCUAAGAUAUCUCAGAUACUCAGCAAUGUUAAGGACAUCGACAAUGUGCCUGAGGAUAUCUGCAGUGAACUGAUCAAAAUUACGAUGAAGCUUGAUGUCGCUGCUAUAGACCGAGUGAUGGAAGCGUUAAACAAUAUACGCCAACAAAAAGAAGCGGGGAAUUCUGGAAAAGAGAACAGAUUGCUUUUGCUUUUUAUUAUCGAUAUGAUAGCACGCAGAGAAGCAAUUCUUAAAAAAACAAAACAGGAGCUGGAUACCUUGAGACAGGAUAGAUUGGCAGCGCAGGCACAGUGUGGUGAUUUCUCAGGGGUUGAUGAGUUUCGCAGUUCAAGUUCAUCAGGGGGAACAGCAAAUUCCUCUGGUAUAAAUUUAGAUGUGUCAUCAUUUUUGCACGACGAACUCACUCAAUGUCGUUCUCGUCUAAAAAGCCAUGCAGCUGAGUUGGAACAACAUUACUUUAGUAAGAGGAGAAGUUGUAAGCAGCGUACGUCUUCUUUAGAUACUGACCUGGCCAAUAUGGUUAACGACAAGGAAGCCAUUGGUCCUUGUGUCGAUAGUUUAAAGGAGUUCUCUCAAAUUUUGCAAGGCAUGUCACAGUACGGCAGUUUUCGAACUAUUGCUUCUUUGCAUUCCUACAUGUCUGAAGUCUCAUCAAAUUAUUCCAUUGUGUCCAGCAUUGAGUUCGACAAAGAUGGUGAGUACUUUGCAGUCGCUGGCGUCACAUGUAAAGUCAAAAUCUACGAAUUUCGUGCGGUAGUCGAUAAUCCAAACACUUGUCAUUACCCUAUCACUGAGCUUAAAUGCACAGCAAAAAUAAGCAAUGUUUCGUGGAAUCCUUACACCAAGACUAUGUUGGCAAGUAGUGAUUAUGACGGAACAGUUCAAGUGUGGGACACAUACUUCAGCAGGGCAGUUAGAAAAUAUGAGGAACAUGAAAAACGUUGCUGGACUGUGCAGUUCAAUAAUAUAGAUCCUCAUUUAAUGGCAUCUGGGUCUGAUGAUGCUAAGGUCAAGUUAUGGUCUUUAUCCUGCGAAAGAUCGGUGGCAACUAUAGACGCUAACGUGAACGUUUGCUGCGUUUACUUCAGCCCUAUCUCGAGGCACCAUUUGGUUUUCGGAGGGGCUGACCGGUGUGUUCACCUUUAUGAUUUGAGAAAUACUUCGAAAGCUGUGAACGUGUUUCAAGGUCACCGCAAACCAAUAUCAUACGUUAAGUACUGUACCCCAAGCGAAGUGGUUUCCGCAGCCACUGACAGCCAUCUUCGCGUGUGGGAUGUUAAUACUGGGAAUUGCAUACGCGUACUUAGAGGUCACUCGAAUGAAAAGAAUUUUGUUGGACUGGCAACUGACGGGAACCAUAUAAUAUGUGGCUCGGAGAAUAAUCAGCUUUACUUGUAUUAUAAGGGUCUCAGUGACCCCUUAAUCGAGUAUGAUUUUGGGUGUGCAGAUCCCUCGCAGUCACCGCUUCCUGAAACUGAGGGAGCUCCAGACUUUGUUUCAGCUGUAUGCUGGAAAAAGAAUUCGAAAAUCAUCCUUGCUGCCAAUAGUCAAGGAACAACACGGAUUCUGCAACUAGUUUAG